CACCCCGCUAAAGACUCAUGCGCAGUAGUAUUCCAAGUAGGAGUGAAGCCUUCACACGUGUACUGUACGGUACAGUACGUGCAUACGCAUAUACACUGACCAUGCCUAAUUCCGGGCCACGGUGGUUGCGCUCCCCGAUUACUCCACUUCAUUCUUUGUAUUGGUAGGCCCAUCCAUUGAGUUUUUAUUGGAUUUCUUUUUUUUAUCAUUUUCGCCACAGCCUUAUCAUGCUCGAGCGCUCCCAGUAUAUAUCUGUGUUUCGCACACAUCCACACCAACACAUAACCUGAUCAAACCUUCCCGGAAAACAUCCAAUUACCCUUGCUGUCAUUCCCUUCUCGUAUCCCUAUCCUGAAGAGGCCAAUAACAUCUUCCCGACACUAUGGAAGGCGUACAAAGCAGAGCCGCCGACCUAGGCUCUAGAACCGCGACCGACAAUGACACACACGUGCAAUGGCUCGUUGCGGAGCGGAGCGAAAUGUUACAAUCCGGAUUUGUGGGUAUGGAGAACGUCGAGUUUUUGACAAUGUGGAGUGGAUCCGGUGUGUUACCUUUUUUCCUCAACCCCCCUCCCCCACCUCUCCUGACAACCACCCAGUGGCUCAAGCCUUCGACGAGCCGGAUAAGAUCCGCCGGCGCGUGCUGGACGUCUGCCUCCGUCCAUUGGGAAUCAAGUUACCAACAGUGGUUGUAAUGUCCGGCUGGUCUCACACGGGGGAGGACAUGCUCGAGGAUAUGCGCGACUACAUGACUCGUGGGCAAGGGACUGUCAAGAAGGUGCUUAUACUCAAGUGGUCUCUGGAUACUGUGGCGGCGGUGGUGAGUUGUGAGUUGGAAGUUUACGAGCAUGUGGGGGAUCAGCCGGAUGGGAUAAAGUUUGCCAUGAGGCAGAAGGAGGUAUGGUUUCUUCCAUUUCUCCACCACCGCCAUACAUUACAUGGUGGCCGAUGACUGGUAAUAAUGAGGAUAUAUAGGGGAUCCUUCCAGGGCCCCCUUCCACGAGAGGUGUGGAGAUAGAGUUGGGAGAUGUAUGUUCAUCUAAAUUACCUCCCGGGGUAGAUGCGAAAAAGGUGUAUUCUAUGUCUUUCCGGCGCUUAAAGGGUAUUGCGCGGAGAUUUAUUGAUGAGGACGGGUUUCGCCCGGAGGGCAAGGAGGAUGUGGGCGGGGACUCAGAUGAAGUAGACUCGGAUGACUCGGACGAAGCAGUGGACUCAAACAAUUCCCUGGCUUCUGGAGUCUGCAGGUGUACAAUGGUGGGGGUUAAUAUUACCAGCGGGAGAAGUAACAAUCAAGAGUGCUCCAAUGAGAAUUGCAAUGCCAAAAGAUUGUCCAUUGUCAUUGUAUGGCUCUCCGGUCCUCCCCACCUCCUCCCUUCCGUGCUUGCCUGACUGACCAACCAUAACCCACAAUGGUAGAGACUCACCCUACCCGAAGACUUCCUCAACCAUGCCCAAAGCAUUAUAAUAAGGAAGAAGCUAGGCGCAUUUUUCAAGUCCGCGCGACGCUUCUUGAAGAAACUCGCUCGCCGAUGCGCCGAAACCGGACGACGGGUCUGCGACGACCUGGGGGUAGCUGAUGACCAACUCCCUGACCUGGUCAAAAUUGCGCUCUACGACACCGUCAUUCUAUGCGGUACACUCCUUUACAUCCACCCACACACUCCCCUGCCGGGGCCACAGCUGCUGACGAUUAGAAUAGAUGAUUCGGGUUCCAUGAGGGCCGACGGCCGAUACGACAUGAUGCGUAAAACUGUCUUGAAAAUUUCAGAUGUGUGCACCGGCUUCCGGGACGAGGGCAUCUCCGUCAAGUUCCUAAACUUUAAGGGGGACGGGGGCUACAACGAGAUCAACGACAGAAAGAGACUAGACCAGGUUAUCAGCGAUGUCAAACCUAAGGGCGGGACGAGACUGGGAACCGUGCUUCGGGAUAAGAUUGUAGAGCCGCUGAUUAUUCAGAAGGCGAAGGAGAAGUCGUUGAAGAGGCCCGUAUUCGUCACUAUCAUCACCGAUGGAGAGGUUCGUUCUCCGGCAUCCCGUUGGUUUAAUGGAGAGGUGGUAGUUGACAAAGUGGGGGGGCACAGCCAUCAAAUGAAGACCGAGGUCAACUCGGACAGACCAUACGCGAUUGCAAGAGGGAACUCGAUGUGUUAGAAGGGCCGGGCGAGGGGCUAUAUGGAGGGUCAGGUUUGUUUCUCUCUCGAACAUCCAAUCCACAACCUCAGACUAACAAACCCCCCACUCCCCUCCCCCACUCUAGCGGCGGCCUUUCAAAUAAGUCUCGUCGGCAAUAGUAGUAAUGCGAGAAGCUACGUUAAAGAACUUGAAGAGGACCCUCAGAUUGGGCCCCUGGUUUACUGCACAAAGGGUAUGAUAUUCAUUCUUUGAGUACUAACUCUAAUUCCUAACAACGCGAUUAAUUUGCAGAACGCCUCGACGUCGUUAGAAGUAAGAUGACUGAUCCACAGUAUACUAGUUGGGUGAGUAAUUUAUACUGGCGUCCUCCGCGAGCACCCUCCCAGUUUCCUCCCUUCUCCCAGGAUGUGUUUCUGACGAAGAGUAUAGUUAAUUCAGUUGCUGGCGGGGGGGAUAGAUCAUGAGUAAUGUUUAGCGUGGGCCGUAUGAUAGUUUAUCUCUGUUCUCUCCCUAUGCCAGCCUAGUAGUGGUGGUGGUAUUCUGGGGCCAUCCGAUCAGGUUCGGCCCUGGGCACGAUACUUGGUAGAUUUCACGACAAUACUACCCUAUCGUACUUUUAGACAAAAAGAAGAAAAGAAGUGCAAAAAAAAAAGCCCCGAGACCGUGUCUUUGCAGAAACGUAGCAUACGAGUGGAGGAGCCCGGCGCAGCCCCAAACUGACAACUCAACGCUACCCACCCAAUUAAGAAAAUCCUAUGAUACUGUAACAAUUGUUCAACCCCCUUUCACCACCUCUAAAAGUAACAAGAUUCCGCACCAUCCGUGUACCCGCAUGGCAUUGCGUGGCAUGACUAGAAGAGUACCGUACAGUACGGUACUCGGAUGUCCAAUUUAGCCAAACCAACACAAAACAAGUCACAGCACAGGUGAUUCAUGAAGCGAAACGUCCGCACCUGGACACCGCAAUACUUGCACGAUCCCGGAUUACAUUGCCAGCGCGCACAGAGGCAAAACCACUUGUACAAGUGUCAUAUAUACACUCCAGACACGUCCUUCCUUCCUUCCUUCCUUCCUUCCUUCCAAUCCAGCAACACAGGAGUUACGGAACCAGGAACGCGCACCGC